AUGUCGAUUCCUGUCUUCAAGCCAUUCAUGCGCGAUGGUGACCGUUACCUGACUGCCACUGAUGCUUUCUGUGUGGCUACAUAUGGCCACCGAGUAAUCACAACUCCCAACAUGAAAUUCAUUCCCCAACCCUUCGACAACGAAUCCGACAUCAUUCAAGCGCAGCGCAGAUGUGACUUCACGCCCAUUUCUCCCGGCAAUCCUUUUGGUCAACUCAAGACCGACAUUGUCGGCCAUCUCAAGCGCUUGUACGAGAAGGCCAAUACGCGGGUUAGCAAUUACAAGGUUGCAAGGUCCCACAAGGAGGAUCAUGUAGUUGGGUGGGCGCAUGCAAUGCGCGCUGUCUACGAGCGCUUCCAGCAAGCCAUGGCCUGGCGCGACAUCGUCAUAAUCGUUGCUGAAUAUCAGCGCCGGUUUCUCGAUAUCUGGGCGGUUAUAGACUAUUACGAAAUUAUCGAGCCUCGCAUGCGAUUCGUCGACACUACGCACAAGGUGCACGCUGCUGGAGUUCCUGUCUGGCUUAUUCGCGAUGCCAGACUUGUCAAUGCCAACAUGAACAUCGUCAAAGUCGUUUCCUUCACACCACCCGAUGACCUCGUCAUCGGCAUGUAUCAUGAUCCCGUCAAACUCUUCGCCCAACCAUUCGACAUCAUCAACAGAGGGUCCCAAUAA